UUCCUGUAAGAGUCAGACAUUUUGGGUUCUUCAACACAGAAGGCGGUGUGAGGUUAAGUUGUAGGUUGUCUCUUUAAUUUCAAAAAGUAUAACUUUACCUACAAUGGCGAGUGGUGGUGGAAGAUUCAAAAGGAUCCCUGAAAAUGAACAACCUAUUGAAUAUGUUCAGAUGGAUGGCCUGGCUGUUAUGAAAAUUGUGAAACACUGUCAUGAAGAAUGUGCUGGGAAUCUGGAAGUAGCCCAAGGCGCCUUAUUGGGUCUGGUAGUUGAGAACCGAUUGGAAAUAACAAAUUGUUUUGCUUUUCCUAAAAACUAUGAUGAAUCAGUUGAUGAAGAGGAAUACCAGUUGGACAUGAUGCGCAGGCUUCGUCGAGUGAAUGUAGACCAUUACCAUGUUGGGUGGUACCAGAGCUCUGAUGUUGGCAGUUUUCUCAGCUCUCCUCUUCUUGAAUCCCAAUAUCACUACCAAACGUCAAUUGAAGAAUCUGUUGUCUUGAUAUAUGACACCCAAAAGACUGGGAGAGGGUUUUUAACUUUGAAAGCCUACAGACUCACACCUCAAGCUAUAAACAUGUACAAAGAAGGAGAAUCUACACCAGAUGCUCUGCGAUCGCUCAAAGUCGGUUAUGAAACUCUGUUGAUGGAGGUUCCUGUCUGCAUCCGGAACUCCCCCCUGACCAAUAUUCUGCUGUCCGAGCUAAGCGAACUGGUACCUCCUCAACAGGGCUCCAACUUCCUGGACUUGGGAACAGCAAAUGUGCUAGAGGGUCAAUUGCGCAGUCUCAUGGAGCACGUUGACGAUCUUAACCAAGAGGCUAUCAAAUUUAACCGUUAUCAGCAGCAAGUUGUCCGUCAGACCCAAGACAAGCACCGUUAUUUGCAAAAGAGGGCACAAGAGGUGGCUGCUCGUCAAGAGAAGGGGUUGCCAGCGUUACCGGAGGAAGACAUCAACAAACUGUUCCGCCCCAUCGCGGUGCCGCCACGCCUCUCCCCCAUGAUACUGGCUGGUCAGGUGGAUGCCUACAGUCAACACAUUUCCCAGUUCUGUUCUCAGUCUCUGGCCAAACUGUACAUCAUGCAGGGACUACAUCAGUAAUGUUUAUAUAUUCCUAUUUGAAAAUAAAAACAUUCAAAUGACCUAAAUUUAGGUUUAAA